GUCAAAGCUCGUAACUAACAUUAGGAGAUCAUGAACGAACGUCAUUGUUUCGCUGUCAAGUACCGAGACGGAGGGAUUUACGACAACGGCCAUCCGGCGUCGACGGCGUAACGUGCCUACGCGAAUGCCGUCAGUGGUUGCGCAGCGCCCACAGUGUCUGAACCUUCUUCGAUUAACGCGACGUGAAGCGGUCUGUCCCGAAGAUGUGCCCCCUUCGACCAGACUGCAAGCUGCGACGCCACACCGACGGCUUCCAGCAGCGGACAGGGCCCACAGUCCAGAUCUCGCUCCCGUUUGUCGCCAUCCCUAACGGCGAUUUACAGGUCCUCCUGCUCCUUGCGUCCGGGUUUGGCCCGAAGGAUUGUCCUCUUGCUUGAGGCGGCGCGCAUUGUGCCGCUGAGGCCCAUGCGUUGCAACGGAUUCGGAGAGAUUCAUCUAUAUUCGCAGAAACGUUACCCUUGACUUCCCCGAACAUCUGCUAUACGCUGUACGAGACCCCACCUAGGAAGGGUGAUGAGAGCGGGCAUGUGUGGAGAUAUGAAAGGGUGCAUUAGGGGACAAGCUACGGUUGCGCGCAGGACUCAUGGCCGUAUAAUGAGAGGUCGGUCCAAGCACAGUGCAUCACGACAAAUACCGGUGAUGAAACGUCCGAGGUAGUAGUAGACUUGAGGCCAAAAACAGAGGGAGCGUGCGAUCGGGUUCAUUCCGGGACGCGGCCCGCUUGUUAGCGCCUGGCAGGGACACCGUCUCCCCCCGACGCCCGUCGUCCAAAACUGCAACGUCGCCUCGCUCCAUAUCGCUCGCUCUUGAAUCUGCUGUAAGUACCCAAAUCUGGACCUCGCCCUCCACCACCGCUGUCAGUAUCUCGCUCUGGAGCAUGCAGCCCCUUCCGUGCAAGCUCUCCCAACGCCUGACAGCCGAGCGCAUUGUGUGCCCGACGUCUGCGUCCGGCCUCCGCAGCGGGCGCACGCUGGGGAAGGGCGGUGAUCGUCGGUAGGGCGUAGGAUGCAGCCGUGGGGGGAAGCAUGGGGGCAGAUGGGCUACGUAGACGUGAACCGCGUGAGGUUCGGACGCGGGGCAGCGGCG